CCAUAAUUGAUAAAGAUUCAUUCUUUAUUGAUUGUUAUCCGGUUAUAUUUUAAGAUUUUCAUCAUUAUUGCUUAAUUUGUUCUUAUCGAAUAGAUACGCGUAGAACUUUAUCUACCCUUGUCUUCUUUCGGGAUUUUUCUUCUUUGUGAUUGUUCACAUUAGAUCUGAAUGUCAGAGUAUGGCUUCUCUCUCAUCUACUCGUCAUGUUCUUCUCGAUCUAACGGAAAUGGAGAUGAGCAACGAAGAACAAUAUGUUUCCUUUCACUCUUUCUUACUAGGGUUUAAUAAUUUACUAAGUUUUUUUUGUAUGUAAAACAACCCACUUUCCAGUGUUGUGUAAUCACUAAGAUGGGGUGCUUUUCUUGCUUGAUUACUCGUGGUAAAGAUGUAUCGGAUUUUGAUGAAGAUUGUAACAAGCGAUCUGCUGAAUCGUCAGUUAAUGGAAAGGGGAAGAAUAAUAGUGGUUCAUUGGAUAAGAAAGGGAAGGAUUGUGGAGAUGUAAAGGGUAGCAAUGCUGCUGCUCGAAGUUUCACAUUUCGCGAGCUUGCUAAUGCCACGAGGAACUUUAGGGUAGUUAAUCUAAUUGGGGAAGGCGGUUUUGGUAGAGUUUACAAGGGAAGACUAGAAUCAGGGCAGUUCAUUGCAGUUAAACAACUGAAUCUAGAUGGGCUUCAAGGGAACCAGGAAUUCAUUGUUGAAAUUCUUAUGCUAAGUCUCCUUCAUCAUCCAAAUUUAGUCACUUUAUUUGGGUAUUGCACUGAUGGUGACCAAAGGCUUUUGGUUUAUGAAUACAUGGCUAUGGGUAGCUUGGAAGAUCAUCUUUUCGAACUUGAUAAUGAUAAAGAGCCUCUUAAUUGGUGCACAAGAAUAAAGAUUGCAGUUGGUGCAGCCAAGGGACUUGAGUAUCUACAUUGUAAAGCAAAUCCGCCAGUUAUUUAUCGCGACCUUAAAUCAGCAAAUAUAUUGUUGGAUGAAGAUUUCAAUCCCAAAUUGUCUGAUUUCGGACUAGCUAAAUUAGGUCCGGUUGGUGAUAACACUCAUGUUUCCACCCGAGUAAUGGGAACUUAUGGAUAUUGUGCUCCGGAGUAUGCAAUGAGUGGAAAACUGACUCUUAAGUCCGAUAUCUAUAGCUUUGGUGUUGUUCUAUUGGAGUUGAUCACAGGUCGAAAGGCAAUUGACAAUACUAAGAUGCAAGGAGAGCAGAAUCUUGUUGCUUGGUCUCGUCCUUUUCUAAAGGAUCGCAAGAAGUUUGUUGAAAUAGCUGAUCCCCUUCUACAAGGCAACUUCCCUGUUCGUAGUUUUCAUCACACGGUUGCCAUAACUGCAAUGUGUCUUCAGGAGGAACCGAAUUUUCGCCCAUUAAUAAGCGAUAUUGUUGUAGCUCUCGAGUAUGUGGAAACCCAAACACAUAAAUCGGAAUCUCAGAAGGGUUCGUCUCUUAAUCACCAAACAUCAUCGUGACCAACGUUACAUUCAAAAUCAUCCAUAUAUUUCUUUCAAGUUUGAUUGUUUUUAAUAUUUGUGUAUAUAUAUAUAUAUGUUUAUUUGUGAUUUAAUUAAAAUGAAAGAAAAGAAGAAGUAAUGUUGAAUUUUGGCUAGGUUUAUAAUCUCAUAGUAAUAAUGAAUGAGCCUCUUGAGUUGUGAAGGUUUUAUAAUUGGCUUUAUUGGAAUAUGAUUUAUAUUUAAUAUGUUAUAUAAAUGGAGUUAGUUUUCAAAUU